UCGGCGUAUUUAAGCGUUGAGCGCACCACCCAACCUUCGUAGUCUGUUCAGAAACACUCGUAGGUUCAGCUGUGCAGUAGCAAGAGGCUUCAGAGGAUUCGGUUAAUUUUAAAAAGAAAUUUUAAAGCAAAUUAAGUGAACGUUUUUCGAAAGUUUGGAUUUAAGUUACUACAAUCAAUCAACAAAACAAAUAAAUAAUGGCCGAUGAAGCACAAGCACCACCACCAGCCGAGGAAGCGCCACCAGCCGAGGGUGUCGAGGGUGUCGAGGGCGCGCCCGCCGAUGCGGCACCAGCUGAACCCAUUAAACACUCCUACACCCUCUUCUACUUCAAUGUGAAAGCAUUGGCUGAGCCGCUACGUUACUUAUUUGCAUACGGCGGCAUUGAGUAUGAGGAUGUGCGUGUCACGCGUGACGAGUGGCCGGCACUCAAGCCGACAAUGCCCAUGGGUCAAAUGCCUGUACUCGAGGUGGAUGGCAAACGUGUACAUCAGAGCAUUUCGAUGGCCCGCUUUUUGGCUCGUACUGUGGGCCUGAACGGCGCCACUGCGUGGGAGGAUCUACAAAUUGAUAUUGUUGUUGAUACCAUCAACGAUUUCCGUCUAAAAAUUGCAGUCGUCUCCUACGAACCGGAGGAUGACAUCAAAGAGAAGAAACUCGUAACACUCAAUACCGAAGUCAUUCCGUUCUAUUUAGAGAAAUUGGAACAGACUGUUAAGGAUAACGAAGGACAUUUCGCUUUGGGAAAGCUAACAUGGGCCGAUGUCUACUUCGCCGGUAUCAUCGACUACAUGAACUACAUGGUGAAGCGUGAUCUCUUGGAGCAAUACCCAGCGCUAAAGGCUGUCGUUGAUGAAGUCAACGCAUUGGAAUCCAUCAAAGCCUGGAUCGAAAAGAGACCCGUGACUGAAGUUUAAGCAAAAAAAAAACAACACCAACAAAAAACAAAAACAAAGUAUGAAGCUGCUGGUUAACAGAACAAAAACAAAUUAAUUAACAACUUGGAAACAGCUGAAAGAAAUGUUACUUCCAAAGCGAAGCGAACAGCAGAGGAGUAGUAGAGGAGGAGGAAAAAAUUACAAAAAAAAAAUAUAAAUAAAUAAAUAAAACAUUUACAAGCUACUAUUCUAAACAUCACAUAUACAUAUAAAUAAUAUUUGGAUGAAAGCCAAGCUUUUGCAACACAUACACACAUAUACAUUUUUACGGAUUUUCAUGAUAGGCAACAACAAUAACAUUUAAUAAAAACAACUUGAAAAAAACAAUAUUGAUCAACAUGACACUUUGUUCCUUUUUUGUGUAUUUUUUGUAACGGUAAUUAACCAAUUAUGGACUAAUAUAAUGAAAACAAAAACAAAAACAAAAUAUUAAUGGAAUAAUGGAAUGAAAUAAUAUUUGUUUUAAUGUAUUAAAUAACCUAAUAAAUAUACUAAAAUUAUUAAUCAAUAUGCAUACGGAAUGGGCAAGCAAUUAUUAGGGGGGAUACGAAAAUAUUAAUUUUUUCUGCGCAAAAGUUAAUAUAUUUUAUUCAUAAUUUUUAUUGACCAAAUAUUCAGUUUUGAUCGGUGAAACAGUCUUUUUUUUUAGUUUGUGAUACUAUUUAAAAUAUUAAAUGUUUGAUAUUUAAACUUUUGAAUUUUUUAAAUUUUAUUUUUUGUAUUUGAAAUUUAAAUAUUUAGUAUUAAACAUUAGGAUUAAAAAUUUAAUAUUAGAAUUAAAAAUUUAAAUAUUCAUUUUAAUAUUAAAUAUUUAAAUUUUUAUUAUUUAAUAUCAAAUACAAAUUUUUAAUUUGAACAUUUAAUAUUAAAUAUUUAAAAUUUUUAGUAUAUUUUUUCGGUUUUUAUUGAUUUUUUAAUAUUUUUCUUCAAUUAAAUUUAAAAAAAAGUUCGCUCUAACUAAACCUAAUUAUCUCUAAAAAGUUUCACGCAUCUUUUCAACGCUUUUUAAAAUGUUUAAAUAAUUUUUUAUUAAUUUUAAACGUAUUAAUGGUUUGUUAAUUUAAAAUUUUAUAUGUAUGUAUGUGCAUAUGUGUAUACAUAUAUAUGAAAUAACAUUUUUUAAACAUUUUAUUACUUUUUUUUAAUAACAUUAAGUAAAAAUUUUGUUCGAAAUUUAAAUUAAAUAAAAUUAUAUUAAAUUUAAUUCUAUGAAAUUUCGUACAAUUUUAGCUUUUUUUCUGCUUUACAAAAUUUUUAAUUUAAAUUUUUUUCGAAACUUAAAUUAACUUUAAUUUAUCUAUUUACACUGUUUUUGUUUUUUAUACAAUUUUUAAUUUAAAUUUUUUUUGAAACUUAAAUUUUUAAAACUUUAAUUUGCCUCUUUACAUAUAAAAUUUCAUAAAUUUUUAGCUUGGUUUUUGUUUUUGUUCUUUAUACAAUUUUUCAUUUAAAUUUUUUUUUUUGAAACUUAAAUUUUUAAAAUUUUAAUUUACCUCUUUACAUAUAAGAUUUCAUAAAUGUUUAGCCUUUUUUUUUGUUUUUGGCUAUCAUUUUUUUUCAUUUUUAUAAAUAAAAAAUAUAUUUUUACCAUUUGGUAUUUUGAUAUGUUAGAAAAGUCCUUUCAUUUAUCUCGUAUUUUGUUUGUGUCAUUUUGACUCUUUAUAACCUUAAAAGUCUAGUUUUCUAUUUAAACCAUUAAUAUAUUACUAUCUUCCCGAAUAUUUCAUUUUAUUUAUGCUAGUUUUAAUAAAAAACACUAAAUUACUAAAAUAAACAUUACUAAAAAUUUUUUUAUUAAAAAACCUAAACUAAAAUUCUUUUAAUCACAAUAUUUUUCAUUUUUAUUUUUAUUAACUAUUAAUAGACAGCUAAAAAUUUGGGAUGCCUGGUAAUAGCUUAACGGUGGGCAAAUGUUCAAGUAAUAAGCCCUAAAAUAUAUUUUUUAUAAAAAAGUAAAAUUUUUAAUAUUUUUUCACUCACAUUAAAGAAACGACUAAGUUUUUAUAACAGUAAUUACAUUUAGGCUAAUUAAAGUUUAAUCAUUUAUAAAAUAAUUCUCUUUGCAUUCAUUUCUCUGGGCACUACGCGGAAUGGGGUCACAAUAAUAUUAAAUAAAAAAAUUGCUUUUAGUGCUUAGUAAUUUUUAGUUGAUUAGUUUUCUAUAAAAAAACAAAUAAAAUUUAAAAGUUUAUUAUAAGCGAUAAGCUCCACAACUAAAAGAUAAAAAAUAUGAUAUAAGUUCACAUACAUACAUAAAUAUGUACGUAUACGCCCACUUAUGUGUGCUUGUAUGGGCACAAGCUCGUAUUAACAUCUCCUUAUGGGUUAAAUAAAUACAUACAUACAUACAUUUUUAUAAAAACGUAUAAAAUGUUUAAUAGAAAUGUGUGUUUGCCUGUAACUGGUUUGUUGUAUUUUUUUCUAUGUUUAUGAUUACCAACAAACAAUUUAAAUUGUACUCUAAUUUUAGACUAACAAUACAAAUUUCAGCAAAAAUUAACAAAAAAAAAAACAAAUAAUAAGUGAGGUCAAAAACAAAACCCAACCGACCUGCACAAAAAAAAAUUUAAGGAAAAUUUUUAAAUAGGCAAAAAUUUUCUUAAAACACGAAAAACAGCUCAACAUUGCCACUCUCAAUGAAACACCCAUUAUAAAAAAAAAAUUACAAAAAACCAACUCAUGAAACACUCACCAACCAACAACAACAAAAAAAAAUAUGGCAAAAAGAACAAAAUCGCUAAAUUGGUACACUUUUGUGAACAACAGUAAACUGCAACAACAACAACAA